ACUUUUUAUGCAACAUCAAGUGAGGGCGCUAUUUGAAAACACCGAGCAUGCACGCAUGCACGACAUGGUGUGGUUUGUAAUUUUACAGUACAGUUUAGUAUUCAAAUAAGUGGAAAUAACCUUUCGAAUUGUGUGAAAUCAUUAUGGGUAAAAUGAACAAAAGUGGCUACUCUAAAGAUUUUAGGAAAACGAAGAAUGCAGGUCAUCAUCACACCCAGAAAAUGAUUGGAAACGUAACAGAAGGUCAAGGAUAUGCUGAUAAACGCAAAAGGAAAAUCUUGAACACAUACAAGAAAAUGAUUCACAAAACAAGAACAGCUGAAUCAAAGCUGAGUGGCAAUCAACAGGUGAUGACCGACACGAUAGACUCUUCAGAUGGACUUCCUCAAGAAACAACACAUUACACAAAAAAUGUGAAUCAACAAGCACACAAACAAAAGAACAGAUAUAUAAAGGCCAAACACAAAGUGGGUUCUCAAGAUGGAAAGGCGACAACUGUCAAUCGAUACACGCAAGCUGAACUACAACGACAGAAGCUAACAAAAGAACAUCAAGAAAAGCUUCAGGAGAAGAAAGCAAGACGAGAGACAAGGGAAGAAGCGCUGAGGCAAUAUCGAGAGAAGAAAGAAACACGGCACAAAAAGCUGAGCAAACGGACACCAAAGGGUCAACCAAUCAUUAAAUAUCAGAUGGAAUAUUUACUACAGAAAAUACAGUCACAAACAUCAAAGAGUUAGCCAUACAUGGCCCUUUGAAAACAUUAUCGGUAGUAAUGAUUGAUUGUUCAAGGUUGCAGUCGGUCUGAGGUUGGCAUGGUUGGUUUUAAUAUGGAAGAAACCACACCACUGAUCGCACAGUCGUGUUUUACUAUACGCCUGAGGACAACCUAUUGUGUUUCUCUUUGUCCCUGUACUUUAACACUUUCUCAUAGACUAAGCACGUAAACGUACGAUCGAGGACAGUUUCGAACAAAAGCACUGUCGUUCGAGGACUGAAAGGAUCUUUUGUUCUGCCUUUGUGUGUCUGUCCUCGAGUGUAAUACAAGACAAGAACACAAUUACAUGUAUAAUGUGUUGAUGAAGAGAUCCUUUGCAAUAACUAACAUUUGCCUUGAUAAAAACCAAUGUCAAGAAGCAACAGGAAAGCCAUGACAGCAUUAAACAGCAGGGAUGUACAGGCUUAUAAAGGACGAUGCUUGAGGAGGGUCCGAGAUGAAUAUUGAAUAUGAAGACUUUGCUCCCAAAUGCAAUCACCACCAUUUUGUUGCCUCUCAGAAUUUCGCUCUCUCCUGGCUGCCCUAAGUCAGUUUCGAUGGCUGUUAUACAGGGUGAUCCGAAAAAAAA